AUCACCUCUGGCGCCGCCUUGACCUUCGCCGCGCGCCGAGAUGUACAUUUCGUCGGCGAUUGGACUCUUGCUGGAAGCGCUUGUCUUCGGGCUCUAUGUGGGUGUUCCCCUUGUUGCCAAUCGAGCAAGCAUCAUUGAGCGCGACUGGGCCGAUGCGCUGGAUUUUAGACAAAGCACCGCAUGUGUCGUGUGGCUGGCCCUGCUGCGCGCCCUUCUCUUCGUCUACGUCAUUUGCGUGACCAAGAGCUCUUUGUACAAAACGACUCGAUGCUUUGUGUUCCUAAUCGUGUGCAGCCAACUCUGCAUCCUCACAGUGCUGAGUUUGAUCGUGUACAUCUUCCAGAACGACUCCAAGGCGUUUUCGCUGUUCCGGUCGGACGCGUGGAUGACGAGGUACUGGUGGAGCGUCGUGCUGUCGUCGAUGGUGGCCACGGCCUUCCAAGCGUUGUGUGUGAUUUGCCGCAACCGCGAGCGCGAAAUCCCUGGCAACCAUGAAGAAGAGCACAUCCAGCAACUACUCGAAGAGAAAAAAGGCAUCAGUCGCAACGAUCCAUCUUCCGUCGCGAUUGACGACGCGCUAUUUUCGACCAAGAAGAAGAAGCUUGAACGGUGGCGCGACAAGUGGGAGAAGCUCGUGUCCACGUUCCGCAGCACGACCGACCCCACGUUCAACGCCGUGCUGCGCAUCUACGCGCACAAGGACGACGCGGCCAUGCGUCUCGAGCACUUGUACGAUGCCGAUCCCAAGGAAUUUGAGUUUUACAUUCCGCAGCUAUGCAGUUUUCUGCUCCUGGGCGCGUUCCAGCAGAGUUCCGAAGGCAAACUGAGCUUGAUCUUGCUUCGAGUGUGCAAAGAGUCGCAUGUAUUUGCCCAAAAGAUGCGCUGGUACUUGGAGUCGUACUGCGUCGGCAGUCCCGCGUACUCGUCGGAAGAGAGUCGCAUGCGGGUGCAGAUGCUGAUCGACGAGAUCUCCGUCCGUGGGCUGGACCCGUCCAAGAAACUGCUGACGCAUCAAGCGAUGGGCGAAAAGCCGUUGGCCCUGCCCACAGCUAACGUUGUGAUCGCCCCCGAAUCCGAAAUUCUGCUCAAGGACAACGACACUACGCAUUACCAGACGUUCCAGCCAAUGCAUGAAGUGGGCGCCGUGAAUCCGUUCACGUGGAACCAUCGGUUCGUGUCGGAACUGGUCGCGUUGUCGUCCAACCUGCGUUUGAUUCCCCGGGACCGCGACCAGCGCAACAUGCAUCUGCGCCAAGUGCUCGCCGAGUUGCAAACGACGUUUCUCCCAAGUUUGUCCCUGUUUGUCCCCGUGGGCAACCCCUUCCAUCGGAUCAAGAAGAUCCACUUGAACGAGAGCUUUACCUUCUCCACCCGCGAACGGGUGCCGUACCUGCUCUGCCUGGAAGUGGUCGACUUCUUCUCGUACGAAAAGAAGCCCAUGGACCGGUUCGCGCAGCUCAAGAACCGGUUCCGGCUGUCUAUGGUCGCCAGCAAGGCCGAUUCAAGCAAGCCGUCCACGCCCGUGGUCCGUCCAGGGGACCUCGAGGGGGCCGAGACGCCCGUCGUGCGCCACGUGACAGACCCCGACAACUUGGGUUUUUGGAGCGAACCCAAGAUGCCAGAAACUACGCUCCUCGAUGGACUGCUGGGGUCGUUGAAGCCCAAGGCCCUCACGCCCUUGAGCGGUCCGCCGUUUCAAUCGGCCCGCGCCAUCAGCUCCAAGGAAGAGUCGCUUUUGCCCCAUCACACAGCGUCACCUCUGCAAGUCGGGGCUUCGAGCUUUGAGUAUCCGUACCCUGCCCACCUGUCCCCCAAAGUGAGGGUGAGACCCCUGUCGAUACACAUUCCGUCGUCGCAUGUGGACCAUGUCUUGUCCCCCACCCCGUCGGAAGGCAUGUUGACGCCGACGGAAGCCGCCCGCCUCCGACGCGCAGAUAGCACAGACGAGUUCCUGGCGUCGUUGCGCUUUGCAGACGAUGCCGAGCCCAGCAGCCAUCACCACCCGUACCACCACCACCACCCCGUUCCAGGUCCCCGAAGCCCGUCCAGCUCAGACUUGCCAUGUGUGAUCUUCAAAGAACGAUGGGUGGACAAGGAGGCGCGGCUCCGGGCGACGAGUCCGUGGGGCCACCUGCCGACGUGGCGGCUGCUGCCCGUGAUCGUUAAAAGCAACGACGACCUCCGCCAAGAGCAAUUCGCGUCGCAGCUGAUUCGCCAGUUUGCCAACGUGUUCUCGGACGCUAAGUUGCCAGUAUUUCUGCGUCCGUACGACGUGCUAGCCACGUCCCCCACCGCCGGACUCGUCGAGGCGAUUGCCGACACGAUUUCGCUCGACUCGCUCAAGAAGAACGACCCCGAGUUCGUGUCGCUCCAGGACUUUUAUGCGCGGCGGUUCGGUGACCCGUCGUCGUCGACGGGCCUCGCGGCGCAGAAGGCGUUUGUCGAGUCGAUGGCGGCGUACUCAAUUGUGUGCUAUUUGCUCCAAAUCAAAGACCGGCACAACGGCAACAUCCUCGUGGACGCGGACGGCCACGUGAUUCACAUUGACUUUGGCUUCAUGCUGAGCAACUCGCCCGGUAACGCCGCGUUCGAGUCGGCGCCGUUCAAACUCACGUCGGACUUUGUCGAAGUCAUGGGUGGGCCGCGGUCCGCUGCGUUCCGGCGGUUCCGGUCGCUCUGUGUGCGGUCGUUCCUCGUUGCCCGCAAGUACCGAUACCGCAUCACGCUGCUCGUGGAAAUGAUGGUCGCUGGCAACGAAGACCUGCCGUGCUUCCAGGGCGACCCGCGGGGGACCGUGGACCGACUGGCCGACCGAUUCCGACCCGACUUGUCGGUGCACGAGUGCGAAGACUUUGUCCAUCAGCUGAUCGAUGCGUCGUUGGACAACUGGCGGACCCGCUGGUACGACAAGUAUCAGCGCUGGUUUGUCGGUGUGUUUUAGAUGGCUGCGUCACACGUAGUACAAUGUUAUCACACAAAUAAUUAGUACCCCGCCUUGUAAUACCCCAGCUGCAGAGAUGACAUAUGUCUCUCCACUGC